GAGAGGUCUUGAGCUGUCACUAACAACACCAUGGCGCCAAAACCGCCCACCAGUACGAAGCCGCGGACCAUAUUGUUCUUCCAUCCAGACCUGGGAAUUGGGGGUGCUGAGAGGUUGAUAAUUGAUGCAGCCGUAGGUUUACAAAAUCGAGGGCAUAAAGUGGUCAUAUUUACCAGCUAUUGCGAUCCCAAGCACUGCUUCGAUGAAGCUCGCGAUGGUACCAAACCUCACUCAGACUUUUUCGCAGACCAGAUCUUAAUUCUUACUUAGGGACAUUGGAUGUGCGCGUCCGUGGAAAUACUAUAAUUCCAGCCUCAAUCCUCUCUCGGUUGACGAUAAUCUGCGCCAUCCUGCGCCAGUUCCACCUCAUUCUUUCGACAUACUUCACAUCCGAAAUGAGAUCACUAAAGCCAGACGCAUUCGUUGUAGAUCAAUUGAGCGCAGGUCUCCCUUGGCUUCGAUAUUUUUACCCUCAAACACGCAUAUUGUUCUACUGUCAUUUCCCCGAUUUAUUACUUGCGCAAGGCAGAUCGUCCUUGUUCAAGCGAUUAUAUAGGGUUCCUUUCGAUACGCUGGAACAAUGGAGUAUGAGUUUUGCGGAUUCUAUUGUGGUCAAUUCGGGAUUUACCAAAGGAGUGGUGAGCAGAGUAUGGCCGGAGCUUGUGAAAUCGAAGGAUCUUGAGAUUGUUUAUCCAUGUGUUGAUGUGAGAGAGAAGACCUUUGAGGAAAAGGAAGAAGCAGUUGCGGCGUGGGGGGACAGAGGGGUAAUUUUGAGUAUUAAUAGAUUUGAGAGGAAGAAGGAUAUCGGUCUUGCUAUCAAGGCCUACGCAGGACUUGGGAAACAUGGAAGAGAGGGGACCAGACUUGUACUUGCCGGUAUGUUAUCUCAUUAUGGUGGAAAAGGAAGCGCUAAUAUUGGCCAGGUGGAUAUGACCAUCGUGUGCAAGAAAACGUACUCUGCCAUAAGGAACUUGUAACUCUUGCGGAAUCCCUUGGGCUCAAAACUGCUACCACCAAAACAAUUGUAACAGCUUUGAAUGUCGCUGAUGAUGUCGACGUUUUAUUCCUACAAUCUGUACCAAAUGCCCUGAAGCAAAUACUACUGGCAUCAGCAAGCUUGUUGGUUUACACGCCAUCCAACGAGCAUUUUGGUAUUGUGCCCUUAGAGGCAAUGCUGGCUGGUAUCCCGGUACUGGCAGCCAAUACCGGCGGUCCACUCGAGACUGUGGUCCAUGAGAAGACAGGAUGGCUAUGCCCACCCAAUGAUGUCGAGAGCUGGACUUCGGUCAUGAACAAAGCAGUUCAUAAAAUGUCUAAGAAGGAACUAGAAGCGAUGGGUAAAACUGGGAGAGAAAGAGUAAAGAGAGAGUUUUCCGACAUGAAAAUGGCUGAAAGACUCGAUACAAUCAUAACCAAAAUGGAAGAGGUUAAGCGAAGAAGUGCCCGAGAGCUUUCGUUGUUCGUCCUGUCUAUUGGCAUCGUUACGCUGGAUGCGUUGCUGAAUCUUGCGUCUUGGACUGGGGCCCUGACGAAGACGAUUGGAGGCUUUCCGCCUAUGAUACCAACUCUAUUGGUCGUUGUUUCGUGGAUUUCGUAUCUGGCUGUGGGAACUUCUCAGGCUCGAGGGCGUCCUGAAGAUGCGAUUCUGAGUCGGACGUGAGAGGGGUUAGAUUAUCUUAGUAAAUACUACUAGAUAGGUGUACAAAAUGAACCUCAAUUGCUCCAUUAGUUUUCAGUUGUGAAGUAAUCACUAGCACGACUCCUGCAUGUAUAUGAAACGCAUUCAUGGUGCCUUGGCGCUAGUAGACGUUAGCGCGAAAAAGAAAAGGAUUCUGGGAUUGGCCAGGAUGCGCGUUGGCUCUCUAACACGAUUAAAAACAUUCAACGACGCAACACAACACAUGACAAGAACAUGUUGCUCUCCAGCACCACGCAACCAUGUAUGCGGGCAGUACGGAAGGUAUUCCUGACUGCCAAUGCCAUCACUCACAGUCCCGUCUCCCAUUCCAUCCUCAACCACCGAUGUAUACGAGCAUUUACGGAAGAGAACACCGCCAGACCGACGCGAUAUCAAGCUGUCGUCGUUGGAGGUGGACCUGCGGGCCUCGCAGCGGUUGCAAACUUGUUAGACCAAGGAAAAAAGCCUAUAUUAUGGUCGGAUCCAUCCUUUGAAGGCGGACGAUUGAAUAAGAGAUAUCGUGAGGUGCCUAGGUGACAAGCUCCCCGCCCCGCCACCUGCACCUUGUUGAAACACGUGAUAUUUUACUGACAUCUACAUAUUUGCCCUGUAGCAAUACGAAAGUCAAAAGAUUUGUAAUGUAUGCUGAAGGGGCCGAGAGUUUCAAGAAAGUCAUAGAAGAAAGCGAGAAGCCGAAUGCAUACACGGCGCUGAAGGACCUGGACCAGGAACAGACAUGUAAAAUCGCCCGAGCAGGAGACUUGUGUGCUAUGCUGUCAGACGGUUUUAAUGAAUCGCAUGGUGUUUACAAACAUAAUGAUGAUACCCUCCGUGUAACUUUGACACCUGUAAGCAGUUGACCCUCCAUCUUCAAGUUUGCAACCAGUUAACAAGAGACAGACUGAGGGGUGGGAAGUAGAGCUAAACAAGGCUCCCUCGGCUCUACAAUCCGAGAUGGUGGUCCUUUGCACUGGUUCUAUGCCUAAAGUCGAUUUUCUUCUUCAGUUCCAUGCUCAAACAAAUAUCGUGCAUCUCGAUCACGGUUUAAAACCAUCUGUCCUUCAUAAGAAGAUUGGUGGCGGUAUUAAGCCUGAGACUGUGGCAGUUAUCGGCUCCUCUCACAGCGCCAUUCUUGUCCUCCGAAAUCUGUACAAUAUUGCUAAAGAAUCACUUAAACCAAUCCAGAUCAAAUGGCUUACACGUCACCCUUUGCGAUAUGCCGUGGAGAAAGAUGGCUGGAUCCUCCGAGACAAUACUGGACUCAAAGGCGAAGUGGCUACCUGGGCCGCCGACCACCUCGAAGAAGACAAACUAGCUACUUCCGAUGUCGGCAAGUACAUCGAAAAGAUCAAUACUUUGCACUCAAACGGUGGAGAUGAUUUGAGGGUAUACAAAGAACAAUUCCAUAAAUGUACCAAAGCAAUAUUCGCGAUUGGCUACAGAAAGAAUCCCCUUCCUCAGAUAUUCAGAGGUAAAGAGGAGAUUGGAGUCGAAUUUGACCACGAGACUGGAGGCUUCAAGGAUUCAAAGACGGGAGACAAGAUUGAGGGGUUGUAUGGGGUGGGCAUCGCGUUUCCCGAGAGAGUUGUCGAUCCAGAAGGGAAUGUGGAGCAUGCGGUUGGUUUGUGGAAGUUCAUGUCGUUCUUGAAGAAAGUGGUGCCAACGUGGACUUGAGCGCUGGAACCCGGUUGUCUAUAUAUGUGUUUAUACGUACUUAAGAUUGGCCAAAGAUAUGUAGGGAAUACUGGAUUCCAUUUCUCGGGUCCAUUUGGCCUUGAUAGAUUUGGGAUUGGUUUAUCUCAUUGGCUGGUUUUGAGUUAGGGGAGUUAGCUACUGUGUGUUCGUCAAAGGAGCACAUAAACAAUCCAAUAGAGAACAUUCUCAGACUGAAAUGACC